GCAUAGCUGUAAAAUGACUUAUAUUAAAAAACGGAGGGAGUAUAAAUUUUGCAUUAAAAUUAUAUAAUGUAAAAAUCAAUUAUUUAAGACGUCAAAGAUUAUAAAAUGAAAGAGAAAUUGUUUAAUAUUUAUGAUAUUAUUACACUUCUAUAGAGAUUAAAACAUUAGCUUUUGAUAUUUAAAGUGAAAGAAAGGAACAAAGAAACAAAACAAAAACACAUUUAGACAGCUAAGCCAAAGCUUUCUUUUGCUGCCCCCGAAACUGAAAUCUUUCAGUCUUCACGUUACACUGUCCUAACAUUUCGAUUUUCGACCAUACAUACUGACAAAACCGUAUAAUAUACCGUAUACUAUACGCUCUUUCUUCUUCAUCUCUUAAAACAAACAGACACCCCACGUACACUCGUCCUUCCUCUCUCUCUCUCUCUCAAUGUUACCUCUUAUCGUCCUUUGCUCUUUACUCUCUCUACUCCUCCUCCCGCCGGCGUAUCUCGCCGCCGUGAGUGAUGACGAGUACCUGAAGCUUCCAUUACUACGUAAAUCUCCGUUACCUUCUCCGACGCAAGCUCUGGCUUUAGACACUCGCCGUCUCCAUUUUCUAUCUCUCCGCCGUAAACCCAUCCCAUUUGUCAAAUCUCCGGUAUCCUCCGGCGCUUCUUCCGGGUCGGGUCAAUACUUCGUGGAUCUCCGGAUCGGCCAACCGCCUCAGUCGCUACUCCUGAUCGCCGAUACCGGAAGCGAUCUCGUUUGGGUGAAGUGCUCCGCUUGUCGAAACUGCUCUCUCCACUCUCCGGCCACCGUCUUCUUCCCUCGCCACUCCUCCACAUUCUCUCCGACUCAUUGCUACGACCCGACUUGUCGACUCGUGCCCAAACCGAGCCGGGCCCAGAAAUGUAACCAUACCCGGCUCCAUUCCACGUGUCCGUACGAGUAUGCUUACGCGGACGGUUCAUUGACCUCCGGUCUAUUCGCUAGAGAAACGACGACGUUGAGGACUAGCUCCGGUAGGGAAGCGAAUCUAAAGAGCGUCGCUUUCGGAUGCGGGUUUCGGAUCUCGGGUCAAAGCGUAUCGGGUACGAGUUUUAAUGGAGCCCAUGGAGUUAUGGGCUUGGGCCGUGGGCCUAUUUCUUUCGCUUCGCAGUUGGGCCGUCGAUUCGGUAACAAGUUUUCGUAUUGCUUAAUGGAUUACACUCUCUCUCCGCCUCCGAGUAGUUACCUCACUAUCGGAGGAGUUCGAUCCGACGCCGUUUCGAAGCUUUCCUUCACUCCGUUACUAACGAAUCCGUUAUCUCCGACGUUUUAUUACGUUCGGUUGAAAUCAAUUUCCGUUAACGGUGCGAAAUUACGAAUCGAUCCUUCCGUUUGGGAAAUCGACGGUUCAGGUAACGGCGGAACCGUCGUGGAUUCCGGUACAACCCUCGCGUUUUUAGCUGAUCCGGCGUAUCGACUGGUCGUCGCGACUAUGAGACGACGGAUCAGGCUCCCGAUUGCGGCGGAGCAGACUCCGGGAUUCGAUCUAUGCGUUAACGUCUCCGGCGUUUUGAAGCCGGAAAAGAUGAUGCCGAGAUUGAAAUUCGGAUUUGCCGGCGGUGCGGUGUUCGUUCCGCCGCCGAGGAAUUAUUUUAUCGAGACGGAGGAACAUAUCCAGUGUCUGGCGAUUCAAUCGGUGAAUCCGAAGGUGGGAUUCUCGGUGAUUGGGAAUCUGAUGCAGCAAGGGUUCUUGUUUGAAUUUGAUAGAGAUAGAUCUCGGCUGGGUUUUUCUCGUCACGGUUGCGCUUCGCCGUGAUGAUCCACCGGAAUAUUCUGUUCUCGACUCGCUCAAAGAUUCUUUUAUCCUUUUUUAUUUUACUUCUGUUUUUUCUUUUCGUUUUGGAAGCACGGGAUUGGAUGGCGGUUCACUGUUACCGAAAAUAGGAAUAAAAUAAUCUUUUUGGAGUUUGUAUAAUUUCGGACUUGAAAUACAAUAAUUAUAUUACUGUGAAAAAGUAGGGCACACAGCAAUAAAUAAAUAAAAGCACCCUUCAAAUUAAAUGGUGUUCACAAGGAUUGAGUUACUCUUGCUUUUCUAAUUUAUUUAUAUUAGAAAUGAUCAUGAGAAAAUUAUAUAAAUUUGAAAGUUCCAAUUUUAUGCUGAAAGUGAAGUUUUAAAUGAAAUAUCUAUUCUAUUUUAUAAAGACAAACAUAAGUAUACACUCUAACUUUAGGAACUUUUGUAUCCAAAGAUUAAGAGUAUUUUCAACGUAAAACUUCAUUUUUUUUCUUCAAAAUGAAAUAAAAAUAAGUUUGAAAUAAAAAUACUCAAAUUCUAUUAUAUUUCUCAUUACAUAAUAAAGUAAUGAACAAACAAAAAAUAGAUUACUCCAUUUAUGAAAUAAAAUUUAUUAUGGAGCAAAAAAUUGAGUAGAGUUAAGCGUAUUUUUUUUACUUUUACUCUAUUUUGAAGAAAAAAAAUAGUGUUGGGUUAGAGAUUCCCUAAGAUACUCUAUCUAUCCAUUCUAUUAAAAUAAAAGUUACAACUUCUAUUCAUAUUCAUGUGUGAUUUUUUUAUAAAUGGACAUUCACUAGAAAAUCAUAUUUCAUUUAUUUCAAAUUAACUUUUUGGCAUUAUUAAGAUAUCAUAUCUUAUAUAAUCAACACAUAUAACAACUUCACCUAUAAAAUUAUUUUAAUAUUAUUUUUAAUUAUAAAAAUCUAUUGACAAAAAUCUAACAAUAUCUUACUAAAAAUUAAAUAUUUUUAUACAAUAAUGCAUUAACUAAUUUCAUAAUUAAAAGUGUAAUAUUAUUUAAACAAUGUUAAUUAAGAUUUUAUUAUAAAAAGAAUUGUAUGAUAUAUUCAUAAAUUUUCUAUUUAUAGCCUAUAUUAUAUUAAAAUAGAAGUAUUAUAUAAAUUAAAUAUUAAAUUAAUAAAUUAACUUAUUUUAUUUUAAAAAAUCAUUUACCAUUAAAACAUGUUAAAUUUGUAAAGCAUGUAUAAAAUUUACUUAUAAAAUCCUACUAUAUACUAAAAUUGUAGAUGCUAAAAUAUAUUUGUAGAAACACAAAAGUAAAAUAAAAAUGAUCCUAUACAAAUAUUUGUUAUAUAGUAUAACUUACUAAAUUAAAAAAAAAAAUUUGUAUGAAAACUGUAAAAACUAAAAAUAUAUAUUUUGAGUGAGAUUAUCUAUUUGAUUAUUUCAAGUUACGAAUUUAUGUACCGAACUAGAUGUUAUAUUUUUAUAUAAUAACAAUUAAUAAUAAAUUAAAAUGUACAUAACAAAUUUUUAUAUAUUAAUAAUGUCAAAUAAAAAAACAUAAACAAUAAAAUUAUAGAAUUACAUUAUAUAUAAAAAUUAUAAAUAAAUAUAAUUUUUUAAAAUCAUAGUAAAAUUAUACAUUAAUUAUAUAUUUAUAAAAUAAAAAUAAUAUCCGCAAUUAAGCUCUAGUUUAUUAAUUAAAACAAAUUUAAGGUCCGAAUCCAUUUGCCUAGUUAAGGAGGACUAAAGUACAACCCGUUAUUUUGCUUAGAGGCACCGACAACCAUACAGCGGCCGAAAAUUGCCUAACUUGCCCCAAAAGACUUCUUGGCCCAAACUGCCUAUGAUCGUUUUAUCUAUAACAAGUGACACUAAGACCCAGUAAAGCCUUAUAUACAGGUGAAUUUUGAAGGAAAAUAAAUUCUUACCAACAUUUAAAAUUAAAAGCUUUUAUUUCAGAUAAACUGAAAAAAUUGAUCCCGCUCAAACAUACAAGAUUAUUAUCUGUAAAAAAAUGAACUAAAAAUUAAUAGGAAACCAUGUUUUGACCCACUAUGUAUCCUAAUCCAGAGUCAUAUAAAACCGAUCCAUAUAUAUAUACUAACAAUUAGAUGUUUUAGUUUGGUAGCUAUUUUCUUAAUACCAAAAAUGUGAAAAGCUAAAUAAUCUGACAUGAAUGAAUCUAGAAUCCCGAUUAAAACCAACUUAUUUAAAAUAAAUACAUUAUUUUCAAAUUAUUUUUUAUAGUAAACAGUUUUUAGGAAGACAAUAACAGCAAAAUUACAAAAGCGUCUUGCGAAAUGCAAAUAAUAAUAUUUAAGUUUGAUUGCAUAUCUAUAAACUAAAAAGCAUAUCUACAAACUAUGCAUACAACUUAGUCGAAAGCUCUAAAAAUGUUAUAGAUUAAAUUGUAUCUUGUGUGCAGUACGAGCGCACUUGUUUGUUAAAAAGUGUUUUUUUUUCUUUUAGUUAGAAAGAUAUCAGUACUCAUGAAAUGUAAUAAGAUCUGAGACGUAUUCUUAAGACAAAUAAGACGUAAUGAAAGGAGUAAGCAUGGCGUCAUGAUGAUCAAAGCCCUAAAAGAGCACCCACGACUCGGGAUAUUGUUUUUUUUUUUUUUUUUUUUUUUUGCUAAAUUGUAAAUAUCAUUAACUGAAUAAUGAAGGUUUGAUUACAAUCGAAAUUGAAUCAUAGAUUGCUCGAGAGCUGAUCUGAUCCUAAAGGCCGCAAAAAAGUAAAAGAACCUAUAGCAUCAAGGAAAGAUCUAAGGAUAUUGUAACAACAAACUUAGAACUAAGGUUAAGCAACAAGUAUCAACUAAGCUCCCCUAACACAAGCGCUUCCUAAUCUUUUUGCUGAUCGAUUGUAACCAAACUUUUUUCUUUAAAGAAUUUAUAUUCACCUUGGAAAACCUUUUAAUAUCAAGAAAGUGCUACCACACUCAUAUGUGUGUAUAAAAUAUAUAAUGCGAAGAGGUGACACAAGAAGGCUACAAAUGGCCACAAAUGUGAAAAGUGAAACGCAGGGGGACCAGAGACAGCCCAUGCGUGUGACCACAAACUGAUGCUUACUUAUUCCUUAUGCUUAUAUAAUGUAUUUAUACACACAACUUUCUAUAUUUUUUAUCAUAAUACGCACACAUGUGCAAGCACUUCCAUAUACAAGCAAACAAAUGUAUAUUAUAUUUCAUAUCUGCUUCCAUAAGCCAUACCUCAUCCCACGUCACGUUUUAUAUAUGGCCUAUACACAGUAAGUGGUAUAUUCUCAUCAAUGAUGAGUGAAUCCUUACUUUGUCCGGCAAACUUCUAAGUUCUAAUAAUGAAGUUAUGGUCGAGGUCUCUACGACAUGCAACCUCAGACCUACAACCUAACUGCAACUUGUUGUUGGUUUUUUUUCUUGCAUGACUGAUCAUGCGACCAGUCGUAAAUCACUUCAAAUCGCUAAAAUACUGACUAAAAAUUAAAAUUUUCUAUGAUCUACGACAAAUUACAAGGUUCCGCGACAACUAAAGGAAAAAUAUUUGGUCGAUGGUUGCAGUUAGACGAUGGAUCGACAUGCAAACAGACAAAACCCCAGCCACCGAUUAAUUAAUGUUAUUAUUUUUACUUGAACAUGGUAUUUAAUACAAUGAAUGUUGGAAUGUUGGUUAAUAAUUAGUGAAUGCGAAGUUACUCGUACAUAUCACAUCUUUAUAUAUAAAGUUAGGUUUGUUUUCCUCUCAAGUUGUCCACGGAGGCAGACAUAUCACUAAUUCGAAUUUUGAGAAGCAGACGCAUGUCCAUGUAUCAAAUUAAAAAUAAUACUUUUAACAGUAUACUUUUAUAUUUUAAUAAAGAAAUAAUGUCGUGUUCUUCGUCUUACGAAUACGUCAUAAAAACAUCUUUUAUGAUAUUGUUGAUAUUCAAUCCGAUCAUACUAGUUUGACAAAUUAAUGUAAAUCAACAAAACCGAGUACGAUGAUUUUAAUUGGAUUUACAUGUGUCAAAAAUACAAUAAAAUAUUUUUAUUUAUUUUAAUGUGUAAAAUAGCCUGUAAAAACCAAAAAA